CACUCGCACAUCUCAUGGUGUCCCAAGAACGGCAAGAGCCAGCACUGCCUCUGCCUAGCAACAGCAGCAGCGCCAAGCGAGCAGCCGCGUCCAUGGACGCCAGCAGCCCGGCCCCGCCGCUCCUCCUCCGCGCCCCCACUCCCAGUCCCAGCAUUGACCUCCCCGCUGCCGCUGGCAAGGCCGCGGCCGUGUUCGACCUGCGGCGGGAGCCCAAGAUCCCGGCGCCAUUCCUGUGGCCGCACGAGGAGGCGCGCCCGACCUCGGCCGCGGAGCUGGAGGUUCCGGUGGUGGACGUGGGCGUGCUGCGCAAUGGCGACCGCGCGGGGCUGCGGCGCGCCGCGGCGCAGGUGGCCUCGGCGUGCGCGACGCACGGGUUCUUCCAGGUGUGCGGGCACGGCGUGGACGCGGCCCUGGGGCGCGCCGCGCUGGACGGCGCCAGCGACUUCUUCCGGCUGCCGCUGGCCGACAAGCAGCGCGCCCGGCGCGUCCCCGGCACCGUGUCCGGGUACACGAGCGCGCACGCCGACCGGUUCGCGUCCAAGCUCCCCUGGAAGGAGACCCUGUCCUUCGGCUUCCACGACGGCGCCGCGUCGCCCGUCGUCGUGGACUACUUCACCGGCACCCUCGGCCAAGAUUUCGAGCCAAUGGGGCGGGUGUACCAGAGGUACUGCGAGAAGAUGAAGGAGCUGUCGCUGACGAUCAUGGAGCUGCUGGAGCUGAGCCUGGGCGUGGAGCGCGGCUACUACCGGGAGUUCUUCGAGGACAGCCGCUCCAUCAUGCGGUGCAACUACUACCCGCCGUGCCCGGAGCCGGAGCGCACGCUGGGCACGGGCCCGCACUGCGACCCUACGGCGCUGACCAUCCUCCUGCAGGACGACGUCGGCGGGCUGGAGGUGCUGGUGGACGGCGAGUGGCGCCCCGUCCGGCCCGUCCCAGGCGCCAUGGUCAUCAACAUCGGCGACACCUUCAUGGCGCUGUCGAACGGGCGGUACAAGAGCUGCCUGCACCGCGCGGUGGUGAACCAGCGGCAGGAGCGGCGGUCGCUGGCCUUCUUCCUGUGCCCGCGCGAGGACCGGGUGGUGCGGCCGCCGGCCAGCAGCGCCACGCCGCGGCAGUACCCGGACUUCACCUGGGCCGACCUCAUGCGCUUCACGCAGCGCCACUACCGCGCCGACACCCGCACGCUGGACGCCUUCACCCGCUGGCUCUCCCACGGCCCAGUCCCAGCCCAGGAGGCGGCGGCUCCCUGCACCUAGCGAGCGAGCGAGCCGGGCCAAACAAACAAGGGGCAAAGGCCAUCUCUUUCGCCGGGGCCCGCGCGCGGGGUUCGCCCACGUGCGCGCCCAGGUGGGCGCUGGCCGCGGGCAGGUGGCGGACAUGUGGCCUGCGGGCCCCGCGCCGCCUUCCCAUUUUUGGACGCUGCCGCGCAUGCCGCAUGCGUGCGUCGACGGCCCUACUACUUCUACUACUGCUACUGCGACUACUAGUGUACAUACGCAAAAAUACAUAUAUACGUAUUUUCUAUAUAUAUAUAUAUAAGCAAGGCGGCCCCCCGGUGACCUUUUCUUUGUUUUUGUCGACAACUGUGUUUUGAUCCCAUUCUAGCUGUUCUAUGGACCAUGGAUGGUUCGUUCAAUGUUUGUACGUA